AUGACACCCUUGCAAACACAGCAACAAUUGGAGAUUCAUUUGGUCUGUGCCAUUCUAUUCAAUUUGAGCUUUUUGCAAGAUGGAAGAGAAGCAUUGUUGAAUUACAACAUUACUGGCAGUGCAAAGGCACCGAUCGGCAUCACCACUGCAUCAAAAGACAUCACUCUUGCAGACGUUGGAACGCAUGAUGCAGCACUUUUUGCCAUACACUACAAAAAGAAGAACCGACAAGCCAAUGCCGAUUCCGUGAACGACAAGCCAUUCGAUGGACCUUUGGAAUGA